AUGUCUUCCCUCGACCAGCACAAGAAGCCCGACCUGGAAGACUCUGUGGUGACGGAGACCUUCAACCAGGAUGAAAUCCAACUGCAAAAACUUGGAUACAAACAGCAACUCCAUCGCAGCUGGAACCUUAUCGAGAGCUUUGCCGCUAGUUUCUGCGCACUCAACUUCAUUGGCGGUGUCAGGUCCGCAUUCUUCCUUGGGCUUCUUGCUGGUGGCCCAGCAGCCCUCUGGUCAUCUUAUAUCAUCACCAUCGUCUUCAUGCUCAUCACCGCUGCUGUCCUUGCUGAAAUCUGCUCCGCUCUGCCACUUAGUGGGUCCAUCUAUAUUUGGGCUGCGGAAAGUGCCGGGCCGAAAUAUGCGCGCUUCUUCGGCUUCGUCGUUGCUUGGUGGUCAUGUACAGCGUGGAUGACCUUUGCAGCGGGUAACUGUCAGACGACAGCGAACUAUAUCGUCUCGCAACUUGCUGUCUGGGAGAUCGAUUUUCCUGGCGGAGCAACGAGCACAAAUGUGAAAUGGCGCGCUCUCAUUUGGGCCGUAUCUGAAGCUUUGCUCGUUGUGGCGGUGGCCAUCAAUUACCUCCCUCCCCCGUCUUUACUCCGCAAUAUUCCGUUUCUCAGUCCUUCUUAUGAUGGUCGACUUUCUGCUCUGCGUCAUCUGGCUGCCAAUUGGGGUAUCCAAAACAUAUGGCUUCCGGAGCGCCAAAGAUAUAACGGGACCGGAGCUCCAGCUGGGUGGAACUGGAUCUUGUCGUUCCUCUUCACUGCUGGAACUUUGACCGGUUUUGACGCUUCUGGACAUAUCGCAGAGGAGACCAAGAAUGCCAGCGUUGUUGCAGCUAAAGGCAUCUUUACCUCGGCACUUGCGACAGGGAUAUUUGGCUUUAUCACCGCUAUCCUAUUUCUAUUCUGUACCCCAGACCUCGAUACGCUUUUUGCAUUAGAAGCGCCUCAGCCUUUCGUGCAGAUUUAUGCGCUGGCUCUGGGGAAAGGACCCAGCAUUUUUAUGACAAUCAUAGCUGUUGUGGGCCUUAUUCUUAACACCAGCGUGGCUAUUGUAGCUGCCUCUCGACUUGUCUUUGCUGUUGCGAGAGACGGCGUUCUUCCUCUAUCUCCUUGGAUCUCUCGUGUGGACAGUUCACGUCAACCACGAAACGCGGUCACAGUUAUUUACAUAUUCGGGGCUGUCCUUCUCUGCACUAUCCUCCCCAGCCAGGUCGCCUUCACCAGUCUCGUCAGUGCGGGUGGAGUACCGACGAUCGCAGCAUAUGGUCUCAUUGCGCUGCUUCGCCUGACAAUGACGCCUACAGGAUUCACCAACUCCCAUUACCACCUAGGAAAGCUGGCCAGGCCCUUCUAUGCCAGCACUGUGUUGUUCAAUGCGCUCGUAUUCUCGGUUAUGAUCUCCCCGUUCUUUUUCCCGGUAUCAGGGGAGACCUUCAAUUUCGCUGUCGUGAUUUUCGGCGCUGUGACUAUCUUUGGGGUAGCUAGCUGGUAUUUCAUCCCGGAGGACAAGUGGCUGCGCCGUGAAUUGGUGCUGCAGCAACAGGCACAGGCUCAUGGUAUCGAACAAGAAGAGGCUGAAUAA